UCACCGGUGGUCGUGAAAUUCAGCAGCCAGCCUAUGGCCUCAGCUCAGCUCUUGAUUUGCCCAGAAGUCUUAUUAUAAUCACGAUGUGAAGCCACACAAUAGAGAGAAAUUUUCCAUGUACAAAGAAUUUUCUUCACUUCUUAAGAAACUUUGCUUUUGGACUGAUCUGCACAAGUAAGAUCACAGCUGGGAUGGAAGAGUCUCGUCUGCUGAAAGAAAGGCUGCAAGCUAUCACAGACAAGAGGAAAAUACAAGAGAAAAUUACCAGACAAAGAUUCGAACUGGACGAGGAGAAACUGAAGCUUAAGUACUUAAAGUCAAAGAGUUUGCGAGAAAGAUGGCUCCUGGAGGGAGUAGCCAACACCUAUCCUCAAGAACAAGAAGCAAUGAAGAAGCAGCACCAGGAAGAUCAGCUUCAAUCCAGGAAACUGGAACAAAAUAUUCUCAGGCUUGAAGAGGAAAUCAAAGCUCUUGAAAACCAAGAAGCCCAAAUUUCACUUAAUGAACAAAUGUUACUGAAGAAACUGAAAGCAGCAGAAAGAUCUACAGCGGAUAUAAUAAAGGCAGCACAGGCUGAAAAUGAUGAAGACCAGUUUGUACACUCAGAAAUUCCAGACCCUUCAAAAUCAUAUAAAUCUCAAGACCAGCAGAGAACAGCAAGUCCAAAUGCAGAAACACAAGACAUUGGGCAGCCUAAAGAAGCUUUGUUUGCUGUGGAAAUCAAUGUUCAAAAGGAUAUGAAGACUGGAGAAAGCACCAUUCUAUCAACCAUACCAGUGAUGGUCGAUGAAAUCAAAAACAAAGGUGUUAAAGUCUAUGAAGAUGGGGUCAAAUCUGUUUAUGCUGUCCGCAGUGAUGGAGGGCGGGUGCAGAAUGGCAUAGACAACAUGACUCAUGAGGAGGUGCAGGCACUGUUAGAGCAGGCUGGUGAAAAGCAAACCAGUGUUUCUGCAGUAUGUCAUGCACCUGUUUACUCAAGUUCCCAUAAUAACCGCCAAUCUCCUAAAAUGUUACCCACUGGGCAGACAGGUUCUGAACCAAUGAAUCAAGAAAACAUGACAAAAGAUGAAAGAAUUGAGAGGCAUAACCCUGUUAUGGCUCAAACCUAUGGAAGUAAUGACACUGUUGUGUAUCAGGAAAGGGAUUUGCCCACUUUUCCACAGCCAACGUCUUUACCUGCUACCUUCUCACCUUGCCCUGUAACCAAUUUCAGGUCUCUGAGCUCCACACAACUUCAGAGUCAGCAACAUAACGAGCCACCAUCAACUGAAGAUAAGCUGAAUUCAGUCCAGGUUCGGUGCCAUCAGCAAAUGGACAAUCACCGUGAGGCUGUGUUUAUCAGCUCAGAGCUUGAUCAUGAUGGUGGGUCAUCUUCCGCUUCUGAUGAAACAGUCAUUAGUUUUAAUGUUGUCCAUUCCUUGCCUUCUACUAUCAACACUGAGGAGCCAGUUACCAUGGUGUUCAUGGGAUACCACAACGUAGAUGAUGAAAAUGAAACCAAAAAGAUUUUGGGGUACGAAGGAGCUAUCCGAGCAGAACUGGUUAUGAUCAGCGAUGACGACGAUAGUGAGGUGUCACCACAUCAAGCAAAUAGUCACACCACCCCAGUACUUCAUCCAACCCCAUCUUCAACGAGGGAUGAGAUACAUAAAACAUCAUAUGCUGCAAUAAAUUUAACUACAGGAGGGAGCACUCUCCCAAAGAAAUCUGCUUUAAUUUCAGGCCAAGAUACAACUACAAAUCAUUGUCCCUAUAAAAAUUACUCUGAUGGACAUAUGGAUGGAAUUGGAAACUAUGAUGACGCCUCUGUGUCAGCCUUAAGAUCUAAAAUGACCAGGCUAGGUAAAAAGCUGGUGAUGUAAAGCGGAGUCUUCCAUCCAGCAAUAACUUGACCAUUAGUUCUACCUGGAACAGUGAGAGGUAAUGUGCCCUUUUAAAUAGAGGACGGACAAGUGGAAAUUACCAUCCAUUAAGUUUGUUGUGCUGCAACUUAACCUACUGUUCAGCUACUACAUAUGUAUUCAAUCAAAAUGUUGUAUCCAUUACAUUUGUAUCAGCUAUCAUUUACCUAAACAUAAUUGAUGUAUCCGAUUAUUUGUGCUCUAUAUUAUACUUGGAAAACGGUAGUUGGUUCAACUAACUAUUACAAACUUGCAUUGAACUAAUUUUAGUUAUUGAAACUGACUUUCACUUAAGUUCUUAGUUUAAAAGACAGUCUUUGUGAAUAAUAAAGUACUCUUGGCAAAGUUA